AUGAAAACUAAAUGUUUCUCUGCAAGACAUUAUACAGAUAAUGAAAAUAAAGAAUUUUGUAACCUUAUGUCAUAACAAUAAAUCGAAGAACGCUUUGCAAUCAUCUAAAAAUAAAACUCCUUUAGAUAGAUAAAAAGAAGAAACACAAUUACUGUAAGAUAAAAUAAAGUUGAAGAUUUAUGCAUUUUAUUUGAGAAACUUAUCAAGAAAUCUAACAAAAACAAACCUUUAAAAUAGAAAUACCAUGCAAUCUGUUAGGAAUCAGGAAUUGAUUUUAAUGAAUUAAGAAAUAUUACAAGAAUAGAUGAUAAAUAGGAUUAUAUUAUUAAGUGUUGUGUUAAUUAGAUUUCUUCAUAAUUUGAUAGUAUUUCUUGAUUUUAAAUAGACAUUCUAUCCAAAUAUAACAUAAAUUCAAACACUGAAAGACAUUCCAAUAAAAAUGAUGAUCAAUUAGAUUUAUAUGGUUGGUUAUAAGUCAAAUCUCAAUAUAAAUCUAUUUUGAAAAGAUUGAAAUUUGCAUUAGUCGAUUUGAUCUAAACAUCUAACAAUUUUAAAAAAGUUAAUAAUUUUCUAUCAUCCAAAUCUAAAAUUAAUUCCUAAUAAGUAAGUUUCAUCCAUACUACUAAUAAUAUUGACAGUAAAGAAUAAUCUACUUAAUACACUUCUAGAAUCUAAGUGAAUACUGAUAAAAAACUUAUUCUAAAUGUUCCUGAACUUUAAUAUUCUCCUCCAGAAUUGUUUUUUGAAUGGAAUAAAGCAAUAGAGGAUGGAUAUAUAAGUACAGGUAAAAAUAUGCAUUUAAUGGGUUAUGAAACUAUAAAAAAAUAAUUAGCAAAUGGUAUUCAUUCAAAAAAACGAGAUAAAAUAUUAAAUAAAUGUUAAUAAACUGGUAAUUAUAUUACAGAAUAAGAACUAUAAUAUAUAGCUUCAACUAGUUUCUUGAUAAAUAAAUGUAUAGAUAGAGAUUUUAUAUAAAGAGCUAUUAAUUGUUUAGAAGAUAAUGUAUUAAUUAUUAUUAAUUAGGUUAAACAUCAAAUUGAAUUGAAUAUUUCUGAAUAAAUACUCUAAAACUUUUAUUUCAUUAAAGAAAAUCAAGUAAAAAUUAGAAACAAAUAUUUUGAAGAAUUAAAUAAAAAAAAAAGACAAUAAAUAAGUAAAAUCAUAUAUAUUAUUAAAGCUGAAAACACAAAAAAUUAUGAGAGAUAUUAACAUUUCUCAAAAGAUUCUCUAUAAAUUAGAGUGAUUAAAGGAAAAUUUGUUUAGUAUUUAAAAGAAGCUUAAAAAAAAAAGUUUUUAAAAGAAGCUUUUGACCAUAAAAAAUAGAGUGCUUUGAGAAAACUUAAAAAUUCAGGAAACCCAUUAGCUAACAUAUAUGUUUAAAAAUUUAAGGAAAUUAUGCUAGGAAUUGUGAGAAAAUAUAGAGAAGUAUAUAUAAUCAAUAAUCAAGAGAAAAGGAACUGAAAAAAUAAAAUAAUAAAACUUUUUAGAAAGAAACACUUCAAAAUAAACAUUUAAGCCAUUAUUUAUAAAAGGUCAAGAUGAAUUUUAAUUAGAGUAAGUAAAACAUAUAUUUCAUCCUCCAUCAAAAUUACUUACAUUGGAUCCAGAAGAAAAGUUUCAAUAAUAUUAAAAAGAAAAAAUAAUAAAAUGGAGUAAAAGUUAUAGAUUAGGAAUAAGAAAUUAUAAUAUUAGUUAAAAUGAAUUUAUGAAAUUUUAUAGUGGAGGACCAUAAACUAGCAGAUAAUUUUAAAGUUAAAAAUUGAAAGGAUUAAAUGAUCAUUAAGAGCUUGAAUUACCAAGUUAAUAAUAAUGGAUUACAGAUGAAAUUGAAGUUUAAGCAGCAAAUAAAAUAAAAAUGGCAAUUAAGAGAUUUUUAUAUAAAAAGAAAUUUUUUAAAGUAUUAGAAAAAAAAGAACAAUUAAAAAGCAUAGAUAUAGAAUAGAGAAUAUAAAAGUGUAUGAAAGCUAAAAGAUUUUUUGAAGAAUUACAUAAAGAAUUAAAUAAUUAAUAAAAUGAAAGAUUAAAGGAUAUAACUCAACAUUCUCCUCCUAAAUUACCUAUGGAUAAAGUAGUAUUUAUUCCUGGUUCUACACCUACAUCACCAUAAAUAAAUCGAUUGAGCAAACAUAAAACUACUGAAAUCUCAUUAGUAAGUAGUCGUAUCAUUAAAUAAGUAUAUUUUAUAUUUUAUUUUAGUCUGAUUUAUAAAAAAGAGAAACAAAUGAAAAAUAAAGAUAAAAAUUACUUAAUAAAUUUGUUAGAACCAGACUAGAUGGAGAGGCAAAAAUAAAAAACAGAAAAUUAAUAUAGGCAGCAAAAAUGAAGAAUCUUGCUAUUGCUGAAGCAGCUGGGUUCCAUUAUAGUAAAGCUGAUACUGAACUAUAUGAUUAAAAUGGAAACACUCCUUUAUAUUAUAGUGCCAAAUAUGGAGAUGAAUAAAUGACUAAAUUCUUAUUAAAAAUAGGAGCAGAUGUCAAUUAAGUAUGUUCUAAUGGGAAUACUCCUGUUCAUAUGGCUUUCCUUUCAGGAAAUUAAUAAAUAAUAAUCGAAUUCAUCAAUAGAAAUGGUAAUCUUAACAUAUUGAACAAUGAUAAUUAUACUCCUUUAGCCUUUGGCACUCAGGAAUUGCUUCAAUCUCUAAAUCUGAUUCAUUGUGUUGCUACAGUAAUAAUACUGUAAUAAUUAGGUUAAAUAAGAUAAUAUUAAAAGAAUUGAUAAUUAACAUUUGCUUCAUAGAAAGAUCAAGUCUGAAACAUAUGAACUUAACGAUGAAUUGAUAUUAGAAAUUAAAAAGAGAGGAUGA